AAUCAAAAAUGGCACAUCUGAAGCAGCCGCCAAGGGCGAGCGCAGCGACUGAAAUUUCUUCACAGUCCAGCUCUUCCCAUACUUCCGACUUCUUCCAUCCUGCGGCAGACGAUCAAGCAGCCAUCGAGCAGCUCCUCACAGAAUCUCUCACCACAUACGCACCACCACCACCUCCAUCCGCCGUAGCCCUUGGCGCAGAUCUCCUCAAUGCUGCGCGGAUAGAUCACCGACAUAGUAGUCCUGUAGUUGGCAUGGCGUUGAAGAAUCGCGCCGGUAAGCUCAAGCGGAGGAACUUGAUCCCCAAGAGUGCCAGAACGAAUCUCGCUGUGCGAGGUGAUGUGUACGAGAUAGAGCUUAGUCCAGAAAAGGGAAACUACGUGCUACCAGAGAGGGUGAACAAAAAGCCGCUUACUAUUGUAAAGAAGAAGACACGCGCAGAGCCGACAGAGAGUCCGGCUUCUAUCGAUCCACCCAUGGGCUCUACCCCACCUCAAUUUGCCCCUGUGGGAACCGACAGUGUCGUUGUUGAUACCGCCAAAGAAGAGAUCCCUUCGCGUAACGAAAAUUCCCAUGCCAAUGUACCCGGAGAUGUAAAAAUCGAGGAGAGCCUUGAUAAUGGGAAACCCAGAUGCAAAGCAGUCUUCUACAAGUACGAUAAAAUUACGGGCACAACUUAUAAGCAAUGCUUACGUCCUGGUACUGGUCAGACCGACGACAGUUUCAUGUGCGGAAUUCACCUCAGUAAGCCUCCUACUGUUCGUUGUGAGGAGAUGGUAGUUUCCGACAAUGUUACUACGCAGUGCUACAGAGCUGCUUUCAGGGUAACCGCCAAUGGUCCACGAUGUCCGACUUGUAUCGAACAACAAGGUUAUGAAACAACGCCGCGUGAUAAACGAAAGUCAGCACCGAUUCAUCAAGAGGACCAUCCUUCGAAGGUUUUGAGGAGAAAAAGUGAACGUAUGGGCAAACCUACAUCUUCCGGAAAGACCAAAGAUCAAGCGCGGGAUUUGCAAGAAGAGAGCUCAAAUCCAGCAUCGGCUAGUAAACGGGGAAGACCGCGAAAGGAUGGCAGUAGUGCUUCUACCGAACUGAACCGCCAACUCCCGAAAAGAACACGCAAAAGCAAAUCCUCCCCGGCGAUAUCGCAGGAGGUCCCAAAUGUGCCUGAAGAUCUGCCUGAGAACAUUGCUACAGUCUUUAGUUUCCUUGACCUCGAAGCGCGUCAAGGUACAUGCCAGACUAAACGUGCCAGGAAGAUCUUACACAUGUGUGAAAAGUAUUGUGCAAACUUCCAGGAUGGCACUCACUCAAUCGACGCUGUCACGCAAGAUGCCACGAAAAUACAAAAGACGCUACAACAGACACCUAAAGAGUAUAGUACUGAAAUCAUAAAAGAAGAUCAAUUUGCAUUCAAGAAUGAUGCAUACAGCUUUGUCUUUCGCUCUCUCACGCUAUAUCUUCGAGAUUUGUACAACUGGCUAGUCAAAACACACAAGUCUGCAACAGAGUCUUUAGAAAGCUUACGUGUAAUAACCCCGUUGAUGCAGGAGAUCGUAGCAUUCAAUGACGCAAUCAGCCACUGGAACGUUACUGUACCUCAGCGUCAAAAGGGUGACAGAGUAGUCAAGGAUGUCCAAACCCGACUAAUUGCGCCCCUGCGGCGGGCCAGUCAAUCACUCAGUGUUCGUCUGGGCCAACUCGAGGAGGCAGAGGAACGUCGUGAGCAAUACGAGAAAAUCAAGAGGAGGAUACAAGAACGCCGCGAUGCACAGAGUGAAGAAACUCGAGCCAUCGAGGCAAUGGAAGAGCGGAAGAAGCGCUGGCAAGACCUUCAUAUUGUGCGAAUGCAAUGCGAGCCCGAUGUAUACAGGCGACGCAAGCUGUUCCACACCAAAUUUGAAGACUUGGUGGAGAGAGAUGCGAACGGUAUCGUUUUCGAACGAUUGCCGAUUUUCAAGCCCCGUUCUACUCCGCCGCACAGCCAGGUUUCGGAACUUGCGGAUGAGGUGGAUUGGACUGAAGAUGAAGAGAUUGCUGUGCUAGAGGGCUUGCAAUACUGUGCGGGUCCAUGUGUCUUUGAGAAGAUAUUCAAAACAUAUUGUGAUCCUAGGUCUUCGCAUCCACGUGGCGGCGACCUACGUAGCCGCACUGUUGCAGAGAUUGUGUCAAAGGCGAGAUGGAUUCGGUCGAUGAUGUUGACACUGCGUCAGGAAAGUGGCGAGCCGGUGGAGGACUGGGUGACUGGGAUUCCUAUCUUACCGUAGCAGGUAGAGUUGCGGCCAGCUUCAGCAUUGUUGUGGCUAUUUUUGGAUCCCAUGAGGUUCUUCAAAAGUGCUUCAUGCAAAAGUCGCUUUCCUGUUUGUUGGCCACGAUUUGAUACCCCUUUCUAGUGUUGAGUUAAGCCGAACGCCAUGUUCUUUGCAUAAAAACCUGUAUAGUUUGUUCGGAAAACUAUGCAUGCUUUUUGAUUGUUGGUUAUUCUAAAAUGCUAUUUAACUAUCCUGUUUCUUGUU